AUGAUUUAUCUGAAAGCUUUAAAUAGGACAAAGCCAAGACUUUUUGCAGAUGACACAAACCUCACUGCUUCCGGUGGUACAAUUGAUGAUGUUGAAAAUGCAGUGAACUCUGAUUUGGAAAACCUCAGAAUGUGGUUAAACGCGAACAAACUGAGUCUAAACAUCGCCAAAACUAUGCUCAUACGAUCAAUAUCUCUAGUGUAUACUGUUUCAGAUUCAAAUUUAAACAUAAUGAUUGAAAACAGACCAAUUAAACAAGUGAAGGAAUGCAAGACACUAGGAGUAAUAGUUGAUCAGCAUCUCUCUUGGAAAAGUAACACUGAGAGUAUCUGUAAGAAAAUCACAUCAGCCAUUUCUGUUAUUAGAAAACUAAAAGAAUAUGUUGACCGUGAUACACUUGUUUCUAUAUUUAACGCAACUGUACAACCAUACUUUACUUGCCACGUAGCUCAGUUGGCAGAGCAUUGGGCUAGCAUUCCAAAGGUCGUAGGUUCGAUUCCCACCGUGGUCAGGCAUAUUUUUCAAGCUUGCCCGGUGUGGAUAUACACUCAGAGUAGCAUCACAAGCAUAUUAUUCACCUGAGUACAUUGCACCAACACAGAAAAUAUCAUACUUUACUUAUUGUACGUUGUGAAGUGUGAGACAUUUUUGGUGAAACUCAAUCACAACGAUUACAAAAGCUUCAAAAUAGAUGCGCUCGAAUUAUUAUGGACAUGGGUAACGAAGUUAAUGCCCAAAUCGCAUUAAAUUCGUUAGGAUGGGAGACGCUAAAAGUACAAAGAACUAAUGCUAAGGCAAAAUUAAUGUUCAAAAUUUUGAAUAUGUCUGGGCCUAAAAGCCUAACACACCUUUUUACCUACAAGAAUGAGAAUAAACAUUACUGUCUCCGUGACAAUGAAACAACACUCGUUUUGCCACAGCCCCGCACAAAUAGCAUGAAAAAGAGUUUUAUGUUUAACGGGGCAAAAAUAUGGAACUCAGUGCCUAAAGAAAUCAGAGGAAUUAGGUCCCAGUCUCUAUUUGAAAGAAAAAUUGCUGCUCAUGUUACAAAAUAAUAUAUUUAUACAUACAUAUAUAUAUAUAUAUAUAUCCUUUAUUGUAAAUAGUUAUCUAUAAGUUUUGCUAGUUGUCUAUAUUGUCAAUUUUGUCAAUUGGAACAGUUAAAUUAUUUCUAUAUUCUUUAAUUUGAUUCCAUAAGAGUCAUAACAACACUUAUAUAUAAUAACUUUUGAACACACGCCCUUCGUGGAAAUCAAUGUUUUUAAUAAUUGACGUAGUUAGCGUGUCAAAAUAAAAUCUAUCUAUCUAUCUAUCUAUCUAUCUAUUACAGUUGACCUUACGCAAUUCCAAAUAAAAGAUCAUAUUACAAAAGGGUAUUAAAAUGUAAACAUACAAUAUUCUCCUCUUUCUUCUGUCAAUAUUGGUUAUGUUGAGCGAUUUAUGUCACACUUUUUAUCACACUUUUUUUUUUUGCGCUCUCUUUGAAUGAAUUUUUCCCAUUGAAAUCGCAGGAAAUGGCCUUUCCAGACUUUGGAAAUCAACAUUUUCCCUGGGGUGCAUGCCCGCGGACCCCCCGAGCCUGUGCAGGUCGAUCUUAUAAAGCACGACCAGUCAAAUUCCCUCAGCUUCGCCAUUGAACUUUACUCUAUGGAUACUCGACUUCGACAUUAAUUUGAACAAUUUUAUUCGUUGCACCGUGCUAAACAGGGUUCGAAAUAACGUUCUGAUUAUAUGUCAAAUUUUUAGGCUGUUUUUUUAGGUGAAAUUUUUUCCGGCUGUUUUCCAGGCAAAGUUUAGUUAUGUUCUGGAGUGGGCAUGGGCCAAAUAAUAGUGAUGUAAACCAACACAACAAUUAUUUGUAAGAACACAGCAAUACAUUUUAUUUUGGGGUAGGAACAAACAUUAACAAGUUCUAUGUGAAUCGGUUCAAAACAAUAAGAAAUAUUAAAAAGCGAAAUAUUAUCUGGCUAUAAUAUAUUUCGCCGCGAUAGAAUUGACUGUGUUGGAGGUGGCAUCUUAGUUGCAAUAAAGGCUGAUAUUAAAUCAACUCGACAUUUAGAUCUUGCAAGGAAAAGUGUUGAACUUGUUGUAGUUGAACUUAGUAGACCGGACAGACGGUCAUUUUUACUUUACACGUUUUACCGUCCUCCUGAUUCUUUGCCUGAAGUUCUUCAGCACCUUAACUCAUCGUUGCAAAGUAUUCAAGAAUCUGACUGUUGUGUUGUUGUUGGUGAUUUCAAUUUGCCCAUGCUGGACUGGUCGAAUGAUCAAGCUGCGCCUGUUAAUAUCGGGGGAAACGCAAGUGGUAAUGUGCUAUGUGAAUUGGUUGGAGACAAUUUUUUACAUCAAUUCAUAGAAGGCAAGACACACGAAGCAGGUAAUAAACUAGAUUUACUGCUAUGUAAUUGUCCUGAGACUAUUGAGAAAGUAACCACAACACCAGCUGACGAAUGCGGUUUUCCAUCAGAUCAUUAUAUCAUAGAUUUUAAAAUCAGACUUAAGUUUGAACGCACUAAGCCUAUUAAACGCCAAGUCUUCAAUUAUUACCAGGCAGAUUUUGAAAGCUUGCGCCACUCCUUGUCCCGCAUCCCGUUUGAAAAUAUUUCCUCCUAUGAUAACAUUGAUGAUCGUUGGUCUUGCUGGAAAACAUUAUUUAUAACUGCAGUGAGUGAACAUGUUCCUACCAAAUUUAUCAAAGAUAUUAACACUCCGCCUUGGAUAGAUCAGGAAGUUUGCCAUCUAAUUAGAAAGAAAUACUCGGCCUUAAAAAAAUACAGAAAAAAUAAAUCUGAUGCCCUCAAAAAAAAACUUCGGGAUAUUAGUCAAGCUGUUAAAUAUCAAAUUAAGAGAAAAUAUCGUGAAUACCUAACCAAGAUCGAGAAAUCCUUAAAUUCUAAUCCCAAAACUUUCUGGAGUUAUCAUAAGGCUAUGUUACAUCAAAGAACAAACCAUAUUUCUGCGAUCAUUUACAACGGUGUUACAGCAACUAAUCCAAUUGAAAAAGCAGAACUACUCAAUGCUUAUUUUACCUCUGUGUUUUCCAAACCAACUGCAAACACGGAUUAUGCGAAUUUUCUGAAUUAUCAGGAGUUUUGCUCAGAACUUGCUGAAUUCCAAUUGACUACGGACGAGGUCCUUGCUUAUCUGAAUUCUUUGGAUACAUCUAAAGCAUGUGGCCCUGAUGGGAUACCAGCGCGUUUACUUAAAGAGUGCAGUUUCCAGAUAGCACCCAGUUUGUGCGAUUUGUUUAACUAUUCUUUACACAUAGGACGUCUUCCAUCAGAGUGGAAAGCAGGUGAUCAUGACAUCACUCCGAUACAUAAAAAAGAAUUAAGAGAACCAGCUGAAACUGUUAUAGACUCACAUCACUUCUUCCAAUUAUAG